UUCAGCACAAGACCAGGACCAGGACUUAAUCAGAACUAUAGCAGGACUAAACCAGGACUGAAACAGGACUAAACCAGGACUGAACCAGAACUAAACCAGGACUGAGCCAAGUCUAAACAAGGACUGGAGCAGGACUAGAGUAGGACUAGACUAGGACCAAACUGAGUCUAAACCAGGACUGGAGCAGGACUCGGGGGAACAAUGGGGGCUUUGUUGGAUGUUUGUUCGGAGUUGUGCAGCAGCUGAGAGCUGAGCUCUGAUUGGUCCAUCAUGAGUAAACGGAGGCGGGGCUUCCACAUCACCAGUGUGAUGAUGUCAGAGCCCGUCGACCAAUCAGAAUCCUCCGUUCGCCGCCCGCAGUCCCAAGAUGCACUGGGGCAUCGCUUCAGAGUCGUGCGUCUGGACACAAGAGGGCGACACCAACGAGGCCGCUGGACCUGUGUGGACCUGCCCCCCACGGAAGUGGGGUCGCUGGGGGCGGGACUACGACGGGUCAUGAUGAUUGACAGCAUGAGACACGCCCACUCCCUGGAGUCGCUGGAGCUGAUUGGACGAGAAAGAGAGAAGGGGGCGGGGUUUGUAGUCCUCAGUGGGACUCCACCUCCCACAAUUCACAAGCCCAACCCCGCCCCCAAACCCCGCCCCCUGCAGCUGCUCACAGACGCACAGACUUUGAGGCAGUGUCGCUCUCAGCCGUCGUCUCCUCCUCACAGCCUCCACCUGAGCCACGCCCUCUUCAGCCCCGCCCACAGUUCAUCCUGUGGUUCGUCCAUCGAUAAUAAAAUUGAACAGGCUUUGGACCUGGUGAAGACCCACCUGAGGAUGGCAGUCCGAGACGAGGUCCAAGUCCUGAGAGAGACCAUCAGAGACCUACAAACCCAGAACCAGCUCUUAGAACAAGAAAACCGGAUCCUCAGGACCAUCACCCACACCUACUGACCCAGGACCAGACCAGGACUAGACCAGGACCAGACCAGGACCAUCACCCACACCUACUGACCCAGAACUAGACCAGGACUAGACCAGGACCAGACCAGGACCAUCACCCACACCUACUGACCCAGAACUAGACCAGGACCAGACCAG